AUGGCGGAUGACACAGAGGAUGUGGAGCUUGACUUUGCUGCGGACGAGCAGGAGAGGGCGCGGAGAAGCGCAGUCAUCAGACACCCACUGGCCACCUUUUUCCACCUGUUCUUUCGGGUGGUUGCCAUUGUGUCCUAUUUGCUCUGCGACUGGAUCAGCAAGAACUUUGCGUCCUGUUUUGUCCUGAUCAUCACUCUGCUCUCUUUCGACUUUUGGUCUGUCAAGAAUGUGACUGGCAGGUUGCUGGUGGGGCUGCGCUGGUGGAAUCAGAUUGACGAGGAUGGAAAGAGCCUCUGGGUGUUUGAGGCCAAGAAAACUUCCAGAGGCAAUAACAUUGGGACGGAGGCUGAGGCGAGGAUAUUUUGGUUGGGUUUAAUCGUCUGUCCUCUCAUUUGGACAUUCUUCUUCUUCACCUCCCUCUUCUCCCUGAAGUUUAAAUGGCUGGCACUUGUGAUAGCCAGUAUUUCCCUUCAAGUGGCUAACCUCUACGGUUAUCUACGCUGCAAGGCGGGGGGGCAGGAGGGCCAACCUCCAGAUACCCGCUGUUUCACGGGACAGCAAUUCCUUCAGCGCUGCGGGAGCGAGUUGUCAGACAGUGGAGGAGGCGCGCUGGCUGGAGGAGAGACAGAAGCUGGAGGAGCGAGGAUGAAACUGGACUCAUCUGAGAGCAGCAGCGCUGGCACUCCACAAGGGCCCGAUGUAGCCUCUAAUGCCAUCUGUACUGCCAACGGGAGACACUAUGCCCAUGCCAGGAGGCGGACAAAGACCCUGCCGGAUCCCUGGAGUCUGGGUGCACUCAGAGGAGCCAUCUUGGGAGACGCUGCCGCGACAUCUAAAAUGGCUGGGCUGGCAUAUGAGUCCCCCCCACCCUUCUCCUCCCGCUUCCCCGAAAAAGCCUGCUUUCCCACCAUUGUGGGAGCUGGUGCUGUGGCGGGCCUGGGCUGGGGGGCAGGGUCUGAGGACAACAUUAAGGGUAAGAAAACCUCCUCUGAAGUGACUGCUGGCUGA